AUGAAGCCCCUCGCAAUUCUCUCAUUUUUCGUCGCCUUCCUCCCACUCACCCCUUAUGUCUCGGCUGUAAAAUUGAUCCGGUCGGAUUCCCUUAUGCCUUGCCAGGACAACUCCAACUUCACCACUAGCUUAUUCAAUAUCCUCCUCACUCCUGACAACAAUACUCUCCAUGUGCAAGUUAUUGGCGUCUCGUCAAUUACCGGCUACGUUACCGCAGACGCCCGAGUGUUCGCCUAUGGACACCAAAUAUUGAGGGAGACCCUCAAUCCCUGUACAGUGAAAGGCUUUGAUUUAGAAUCCCUCUGCCCCAUGCAGGCCGGCCCCAUCAAUUACGACUUCAACCUCCCAAAUCUUUCCAAGGACGCACUCGACAAUGUUCCAACUGUUGCAUACGGAGUACCCGAUAUCGAUCUUAAGAUCAGAAAGCCCGACUUUUCCAAUGGCAAUACUGUCUAUCAAAAGGCCGUGGGUUGGAUUGUCGCCAUAAUUGCUGGUCUUGGAUUGGUUGCCUCUGCCAUCACAUCUGGGCUAGGCCACUCGAAUACCGCUGCCCAUGUUGCAGCUAAUGCGCUAUCACUAUUUGGGUUCUUCCAAGCCCAGGCCAUGAUCGGAAUGUCCAGUGUCAGUCUCCCACCAAUCGUGCAGUCUUGGACUCAAAACUUCCAGUGGAGCAUGGGCAUCAUCCGUGUCGAAUUUCUACAACGCAUUUGCACUUGGUACCAACGAUCGACUGGUGGCCGGCCAUCGACAGUUUUGUCUACGCUCGGAUCCACUUCCGUUCAUGUGCAGAAGCGCGCCAUUGAAUGGGGCAACAAAAUUAUUUCCAAUGUUCCUAGUCGACUUUUGAAACGGACAAAUAAUGAUAACACUAUCAACGAGAAGGUGACAACCACCAUUGUUCGGGGCAUUGAAAGAGUUGGUUUCCGCGCGAAUAUCGAAAUGACAAACAUCUUCAUGACUGGCUUGAUCUUUUUUGUCUUUUUUGUCGUUCUUGUCCUGGGACUGGUAGCGUUAUUCAAGGGUUAUUGCGAAGUCGCGUCGAAGAAAGGAUGGAUUAAGGGUGGUAAGUUUCAAGAUUUCCGAAACGGAUGGAAGAUUAUCAUGAGAGGCAUUCUGUUCCGCUUGGUACUUAUUGGCUUCCCCCAAAUGUGCAUUCUCUGCCUAUGGGAGCUCACUAGGCGAGAUUCGCCUGCUGAAGUUGUUUUGGCCGUGUUCAUGCUCAUUUCGAUGGCUGCGUCUCUCGGUUUCGCUGCGUUUACUGUCAUUCGCCUGGCCAAGAGGUCGGUGGAGCUCCAUAAAAAUCCAGCUUAUAUCUUAUACUCAGAUCCUGCGGCUUUGAACAAAUGGGGUUUCCUCUAUGUUCAGUACAGGGCAACGGCCUACUACUGCGUCAUCCCCGUCCUAGUCUAUAUUUUGGUCAAGAGCAUGUUCAUUGGGUUGGCACAGCCGGCUCCCCUUGUUCAAGCUGUCGCUCUCCUUAUUAUUGAAGCGGCCGUUUUGAUCGCUGCCAGUGUACUGAGGCCAUGGAUGGACAAAAAAACCAAUAUUUUCAACAUCUCAAUCGCCGCGGUCAACUUCUUCAAUGUCAUCCUUCUCCUCUUCUUCACCCAAGUAUUUAAUCAGCCCGGUCUUGUCACUGGCAUCAUGGGCGUUGUCUUUUUCGUUGUCAAUGCAGUAUUCGCCCUUAUCCUGCUUAUUUUGGGUCCUCAUCUCGUCCGUAAUCCAGAUACGCGAUACCAGCCCAUGAGAGACGACCGCGGAUCCUUUAUGAAAUCCCAGACUCAGCUGACAACCGAGCUCGAUGCUCUUGGAGCGACCGCUCGUGGUGAAACGAAAUCAUUUGAGGACUCGUCCUCGCUAUCCGGCUUUUACCCUAACAGGGCAGAUUCCCCAGCACAAAGCCUACAGCGUCAACAGCCACACUCUCCGCUGGAAUCAUCUAUGCCUUUAUUCCCUGCCGACAGCUCUGCUCGUGGUGCCCCACCUCCAACAUAUCAAACCCAGGCUCCAUACUCUCGAGCACAAAACAUAUCGCCUGCGCCCCGAAACAUUACCACAUCUCCUUUCCCAAGCUCUCCAUCGGCGACUUCGAAUCCGGCUCAAUAUAGGAUGAACAACAACAGUAGUCCAUGGCAACGCGGCGCAGGAUACGAGCAUUGAGGUUUUGGAGAAUGGAUGAUGCUGGCAUUUGCCCUUAUUCCAAAAAAUGAAGAGAUGACCCGGGUCAGCUCUAAGGCUGGGAAAUAGCUUUGUCCUUUUCCUUAUUUUAUUUUCACAAUAACAUAUUCUCGCGGGUUGGACUUGUUUGGCGUUAAUCAUGUUACUUAAAGGCUAUUUUUUAUCUUCCGUUUUACUAUUUUUUAUUUAUCGCGUUCGAUGUGGUAUACAUUUCUGUAAUCUGUGGAAAAGAAACCAAGUUUGUUGCAUAUAUUUUUG